AUGAAGCUCAUUCUUCUGGUUUUGACCGUUAUCCUGACAUGGGCCCAGGCCGCCAAAGUCAUGAAGUGCUGGGGUCGUUCCGGAGUUUGCAGAACCACGUGUGGAGCGGGCGAAGUAUUCUACAUAUUAUGCAAUCCUGAGGCCCAGUGCUGUGUGAAUCCGAAGUACCUGCCUGUCAACACUGAAUCCUCAAAUUCAGCUGGAAGCCUGGGGUAA